GGCCAGAGUGAGUUUCACCCAUUCGCAGUGUUUGAGUCCGGUUGGCCGCCAUGUCGCAGGAAUCCGAGCCGCCGCCAAAGUCGCCAGAGACACGAAAGCGCACGUGGGUCGCAGUGACUGGGGAUUUCAUCCGCUCAAAGGCUGCCCUGUCGGAAGGGGAUGACGGCACAUGCCGUGACAGAUUUCGAGUUGUAGCCGCCAGAUUCCUGAGGAGCGUUUACUUGGCCAAUUUUAUCGUGAUUGUGGUCUUCGUUGAUGCUUACUGCACAUGUAGGGAUAUUGAUUCACGAGCGGCUCAACUGGAGACGCCUAUUGGAUUCAUUCUGCUUUCGGACAUGUGCCUUUUAUUGUACAGUGCCGAGCUUAUCCUCCAGGUCUACGUGAAGGGCCUUCGUUUUUUGCAAGAUUGGAUGGUCAUGCUGGACACGCUGGUUGUGCUAUGUGGCUACGUGGAGAUGCUGCUGCUGGACAGGGCCGAUCUCGGCAUUCACAUAAACGUCACCCGCGCAUUUCGACUGGUCCGAAUAUUUCGACUGAUCCGCGUGCUGCGGAAGAUCCGCACCUUACGGGAGCUGCACAAGCUGGUAACCAUGAUGGCGACGUGUUUGAAAACUCUGGCGUGGUCAUUUCUGCUUUGUUUCCUGGUGAUGACGGUAUGGGCCAUGCUGAUGGUUGAAAUGGUGCAGCCACUCGUGCUCCAGAUGCAGGAGGAGAUUGGUACCUUUGACGGCUGUGAACAGUGCCUCAGAGCCCUUUCCUCCGUGAUGCAUGCAAACUUGCUGCUGUUCAAGACAGUCAUCGCAGGUGACGGCUGGGGUGAAUUGGCAGUGCCAGUGAUCGAAGAGUAUCCUGCCACCGCCUUCAUCUUUGUCGGAGCUUUGCUAACCUUAGUCUUUGGAGUUCUCAACCUGAUUGUUGCUGUUGUUGUCGACACAUUUGCGGAUGCACGCCAGAAUGACGUAUUUUCUUUGGCAGAAGAGAUGGAAGAUGACAUUGAGGUGGACAAGAAGACAUUGACGAAGCUUUUCCAACGGAUCGAUGCCGAUGGCAGCGGGCAACUCACACUCGAAGAGUUGAUCGAAGGCGCCCGCAAUGAUGCAGCAUUCCAAAGCCGACUGCGUGUCAUGGACAUCGAUGAGAACGACUUGCAGCAACUCUUUCAGAUGAUUGACGUUGAUGGCUCUGGAACGAUCGAGGCUGCAGAAUUCAUCGGGCCUUUGAGCCGCUGGGUGCACGACUCAAAAACGGCCCCGCGGUUCAUCAAGUACAACAUGCUGCAGACCAUGCAUUUGCAGGAGGACCUCUACGAUCUUUCCACGGAAUGCUUCAAGCACUUGUCUGAGAGGGUUGAGGUGCUUGCAAAUGAAUUCCAUGCAUUCAAGCAGGUGCCUGUCCCUCAAAGCCCAAGUGUUAUGAGCGAUGAGAGAGUAGCACAGAAGCACGAGGAGAAGGAUGCAGAGGGCAUAGCAUCUCGAACCGUCUCAUUGGGCGGAAUUGGCCAAAUGGUCGACUUUAUUGAGGACAAGGUGAUGAAUGAACUGGGUGAAUUCUUGGAACAGCCUCAAGCUUCCCUGGACGCUCAAAAGUUGCAAGAGCCGCGGCGGGCCAGGCCGAUGGACGACCGGAAGUGGGACCAUUUGUUGGAGGCGGCGGUGUCCAAGUUAGACAUGGCCUUGGAGAGGAUGGAGUCCUUGUCGAGGUCUGUGGAAGAAGUUAAGAAAAUGGAGCUGCCGAUUGAACAGAAUCGCAGCCGGAGAGAUCGUAGCGGGGUUUCACCCGCGAGGGACUCCAAAAAAGACAGCAGGAGGAUGAACAUGAUCAAUUCAGACGCAUUCCGACACUUGUACCUGGACAAGAAUCGGAAGAACAAGCGCACAUAUUCCUUGUCAGCGCCCAUCGGAACCUUCGGACAGGCCUCGGCACCUAUGCCAGUUGACAUGCAAAAGAUCGCUGCGGCUGCAAGAGAGGCGGAUUUGCAGGAGCAGAACAGCUCCCCUGGGCCGAUGUCUCCGAGUCGCACUGGAUCAUGGCAGCAGUCCGAGGAGUCAGACGUUUCAACCGCUAGGCGGCCCAAAGGGUCUCAGUCCUAGCUCGCAAAACCCUGGCCCGUCUUGCUGGGCAAGCUUUGUUUGGCCAAGACUAGACUCACUCGCUCGCGUGCC